AUGGGUGGAUUCCCGUCUCACGAUGCGCCAGGCUUCCUGUUUACAACAGCAGUUCAGCCCAACAAAGUUGGAGGAACAACGGAGUUAUGCUUGGUGCCCUUGUUAAGGCGAUAUUUCAAUGACAAUAACAGGCGUUUGAAGGAUGCUGUUAUAGAAAGUUAUCUAAAGGGACCUCCAAACGCGACUCAGACGGCUGUAUUAGCGAUGCAGGAUGCAAUGAACAACAACAACAAUCAUAUGAGCAUUAACAGUACUAAUACAAAUGCGAGCUCUGGGGAAACUUCGCGUGCAGGGACACCACCAGCCUCUCCUCUUUCGGUGACUGAGACAUCCCAGCAUGCAAUUAACAUGACUGAAGUCAGUUCCAGCAGCUUUAGAAGCUUCGAGGUUGGAAAUAGGAAUGGAAAUGCUGCCCUCAGUGAUGAGGCGCAGAACCGGGUGCGCGCUAUGAAUGCGUACAAGAAGAUGGACCACCUUUUGGGUGAGGUUGAGGCCUCGUUCUUCACAAGUACCCGCGUCAUCUACCAAAAUCUAGAUGCAGUGAAGAAGAAGGUCGCGGCUAUUCAGGCAGUGCGUGACUCCAAAAGACGUGCUGAGGAUGAGGAGUUCCUCGAUGCGGCAACAAUCCAACACUCCAAGACUGCCACUACUGGUGGUGCCACUGGCUUAAGUCCCGAAGCUGCAACUUCAUCGGCAUCUAAGCCUGCCACACUGGGAAAUACAAAAGUGGGAACUUCUACUCUUAAGGUGGCAAACCCGUGGAGCCCUCCAAAGGAUCUUAAACUUCCUGAGCCAUUUGAUGUAGAUAUUCACAAGAGAAAUGCCACGGAUCCCAUCUUCAACCCCAUGUCUAAUUUUAGUGGCACUGGAAAGUCGUUUGCCAUGCCGCAGUCACAACCUGAUGCAAGUCAAAUCCCCAUUAUGCGACCCGUUCCCUGUGUCAUCUGCGCCGUUGAACCUGAUAACACAAACCGCAGUAAACCGUACACAGCUUUCGAUGCCACUGGCAACUCAAACCACCAGAGCGCUGGUGGUGGGAUUCCUCAGACCAUCAAUGGCAUCAAGCCCACUGAACUGACCAGUUUGCACGGAAGGAGGCUCCACUGCAUUGGCUAUUUGUCCUGUUUUAGUUUAGAAUCUGCGGAUGAUGUGGUUUAUCAACAACAGCGCGCCAAUUCCACAUUCGGUAAUUCGGCUUCAGCAGCAGGUGCUUCAGCGACACGCAAACAGAACAAGACAAAAACACCCCCACCGAUGGUGCCAUCCUCUUUGUUUCCACCGGGGACCUUGCCGGGAAUGUCUGCGCCCCCGUCUCAUAAGAUUCCACGCCUGGGCAACUGCUCUUCUGAGGGCUGUGACGUCUACUUUGAAGUCAUACUCGAAAAUGAUGAGGAUUACUCCUACUUGCUUGAGCCGAUCGUUUUCCUUGCCAGCAUGACCUUUCGUUCCCAGUUUAUGACUUGCAGCAUGUGGCAAAAACCAGUCGCUAGCAAGGAUAUCGAAGAGGCUUACUAUAAUUAUCUACAGCUCCUUAAUGUGCACAUUGUGCUCACUCCGGAGCGCUAUCAGGAGCUUAAGGCUUUUUAUGAACAGUUUCCGCUAAUCGAGUAUGUUGACAAACUUGGCUUCAGCGACAGGCCCGCGGUUGUGGCGCCUUCUGGCAAGAGCCUUAACGUCGCCAAGGACGGCAUUACGGGUACUGGCCUCACGGAAGAGAUGGUUGACACGUGUGAGAGCUCAAGGAACUCACUGAACGUUGACCUUCUGGGCGAAGGGGUGGAGGUUGACGCCAAGCUCACAGUGGAGGGUAAUGGCAGUGGAGCGGCACCUGGUUCCACUAGCACAUCUGCGGUACGUCGUUCCCGCCGUGGACGGAAACGUGUGGCGAAAAAGUCGCGCGUGACACGUGAGCAGGAUGACAUCUAUCGUCAGACCACCAGUCGCAUGCCGAAGUUUUCAUUCUAUGAGCACCACACGGGUCAGUAUGGAGUGGAGGUCGUUCUUGAGGGUGGCUUGUUUGCACGUUUCAUGAAGUACGUAACGGAAACCGCGGCCUUCGAGACGGUGAAGGGCAACUACGUCCGCUGUGACCUUGGCCCCCUAAUGAAAGAGCGCCGUCACCUGCUUCAGUCCUACCGCGAGGCUUUGCAGGAUUACUUGGACCAGAAUGAAGAGGAUGAACGUCUCUUUGGCAGCGAGCUGAUUAGCGCGGCAAUACAGUCCUGGAUGACCCGAGGUGCCAUUAUCGAAGAGCAGAACAAGCAGGCUCUGCAAAAUGCACAAGCAGCAGCACAGGCAGCGGCACAGGCAGCGGCACUGCCGAUAGGCACUAUGGGCAAUCCUCGAACGGCAGCGACCCUAAUGCAUGCUGGCAUGCUUCCUCCGAUGUUUUCGACUCAGUUGGGAGGAGCCGGCAUUCCCGUUGUACAAGGAAGCGGUGCAGCUUCUAUGCCUUUAAUGUAUAACCCUGGUGUGGGUUACAUGGCCCCUCCACAUGGAAUGUGCAUGCAGCAACCACCAUCUUUGCCACACACACAGAAUGUUUUUAGUACACUCAAUAUGCAGUUUCAGUUGGUGAUGCCAAAUUCCACUGGACAGGCCUACACGUGCGGGACGCCAUCACAGUUGGGCAUAGUGUACCCACAUCAGGCACCUUCAUUCCAUUUUCCUAACCAAGCGCCUCCACCACCGCCCCCUCAGCACCAACAACAACAGGUCCCUCCGCAACAGCAACAGCUGAUGUUGCCACCUAAUGCCGCUUCAUAUGGUGGAAUAUCUUACCAGUACGUUAUGGGUGCCAAUGGUCAACUGAUGGCUAUACCUGUCUCGACGACUCAGGGCCCUAUGGAUAUUAUGCUUUACAACCAAUUGACUACUCAACAGUCCCUUUCCAAUAUACUAGCGAUGCAGCAACAACUUCAACAACAACAACAACAACAACAGCAGCAGCAGCAGCAGCAGCAGCAGCAUUUUCAACAGCAGCAGCUCCAACAACAACUCCAACAGCAGCUCCAACAGCAGCAGCUUCAACCGCAUCAACAACAGCAACUCCAACAGCAACUCCAACAGCAGCAGCUUCAGCAGCAGCAACAGCAGCAGUUUCAACCGCAUCAGCAGCAUCCCAACCAACAACACGUUUCCGUAGCUGUUGCUAUGAAUAACAAUGACAGUAACAUGCUCAUGACGCAGCUUGAAGUGCCCUCUGGAUCGGUCAGCGCAUCGAACAAUAUGGUAGCCCCCCAUUUGAAUAGUGCGGUGCUUCAAAGCCACUCCUCUAACAUUGGAACAGGUGUCCAGCAGCAGUCAUCAGAGAUUUCAUCCGGCAACCAGAAACCUACCCCAGAAGCUUCGAAUAUCUCUGCCUUCUUACAGCAGACGGCUACAGGAGCCAACAAGCUUCCAAAAGGGUCCGCUGUUCAGUCACUAGAGUUCGGUGUUAGUCAGAGCCCGAGCAACUUUCCCAUAGAGGUACCUUUGGGUACCAAUGAUAAUAGCAAUGCCCCUUCUCAGCCUGUACCUAGACCGCCCAAUGAAGCGGAACAACGGCCUGCCCAGGACGCUCUCGCGAAGUUCGCGGCCAGCCGCCUUGUGAGCUCCGAUUCAGGCACACCGACGCAGUGGUUUAUGCCGCAAAGUAACUAUGCAGAUGACUACAACCAGCCCCUCUUCCAUUAUGGGGAUACCGAUACUGACGACACGGAUAUGGCGCUCGCUGCCGCGACAGCGGCCAUAAAGGGGCUCCAAUCUAACACGGGGAAAACCUCUCACACGCAGAAAGGAGAUGACGACGACGACGAUGACGUCAACCUUUGCGACCCAAGUCGUUUUUUCUUUGAUAAUUAA